AUGUAUGAAUCAUAAUUAUUGAACUUCUCAGAGAUUUAAACAAUUAUUUUGGAAAGCUACUUAUGUAAUAUAAUUGUAUCGAACAGAAGGAAUGAUGGGUGGAGGAUAAAUUUAAUUUAGAAAAAGUAAUAUUUCUAAUUUUAUUCUAAUAGAUUAAAAAAAAACCUACUUUAUCAGGAACAUCAGAUGAAGGUGAAGUAUUUAUUCUAGAUUGGGGAGAAAAAUAAGGAGAAGAAGGGUAAAAAAAUUAAUUAGUUUCCUCAAUUUGGUAAUAAUAAAGAAGUAUGAGACCACCUAUUGCUUUGGAUGUAAGUCCAUUUUUGAAGAUGUUAUACUAACAUUAUUUGAUUUCAAUUUCUGUGUUUGGAAACAUAAUGUCAUUUUUCCUAUCUUUGAAAGUCUAAUCAUGAAAUAAGCCCAAAUUACAUGUGGUGGAUUCUCUCCUUAUCGUGCUGGUGUUAUUAUUAUUGGAAAAACUGAUGGUAAUUUAGAUGUUUGGGAUAUGCUUGAUUAAUCGCAUAAAUGGACUUUAUAAUUUUAAGUAGUUGCAUGUGCUAUUACAUCAUUAAAAUUCAAUGAUAAUAUGGCUCAUAUUGUUGCUGUUGGAGAUUCUGAUGGUACCUUACAUCGACUUGAAUUUUGUGUAAAGAUUUAGGAAUUGAAGUCAAAGCUAUGAGGUUAUUCUGGGAAAGAGAAGUUAAAAGAGUAAAUUACUAUUCUGAUAGAUUCAAAGUCAGAGAAUCAUAAGCUAAAUAAUAAAUUGAAAGAGAAAUUCAAGCAUAACAUGUUAAAGAAAACAAAUAAUCUGGAGAUGUAUCAAUAUUUAUAUUAUUCUUUCAUAGACCAAAGUGUUAGAUGAAACAGCAAACUUUGAGAAUGAAUACUAAAAAUUUAAAGAUGCUCUACUAGGUGUUGGUGUAAAACCAGAGGAUGAAAACUGCUACAAAAGGUAAGAAAUGAAUAAAGGUUAUAUUCAAAAUUUAAAUUAUUAUUGA